UGAACGACCAAGCCAAAAUGAAAAAAGAAAAGAGAAAAGUGUCAAAAGAGGAGGAAAUCGCUUUGAGCCAUAUGCUAAUCCUGCUAAAAGAUACCGAGCUUUUAUUACAAAUAUUCCGUUUGAUGUGAAGUGGCAGUCUCUGAAAGACCUGGUCAAAGAGAAAGUUGGUGAGGUAACAUACGUGGAGCUCUUAAUGGACGCUGAAGGAAAGUCAAGGGGAUGCGCUGUUGUUGAAUUCAAGAUGGAAGAAAGCAUGAAAAAGGCUGCAGAGGUUUUGAACAAGCAUAGUCUUGGUGGAAGACCAUUGAAAGUGAAAGAAGAUCCUGACGGUGAGCAUGCCAGGAGAGCAAUGCAGAAGGUCAUGGCAGCAGCUGGUGGAAUGGGUAUUGGUCCAGGCCCGGGCGGCCCCGGCAUGAUCAAUAUCCCGCCUAGUAUACUCAACAAUCCCAACAUACCUAAUGAGAUCAUUCAUGCCUUACAGGCAGGGAGACUUGGAAGCACUGUCUUUGUUGCAAACUUGGAUUACAAGGUUGGCUGGAAGAAACUGAAAGAAGUAUUCAGCAUGGCUGGUGUUGUGGUUCGGGCAGACAUACUAGAAGAUAAAGAUGGCAAAAGUCGUGGGAUCGGCACUGUCACUUUUGAGCAAGCUAUAGAGGCUGUUCAGGCUAUAUCAAUGUUUAAUGGGCAGCUGCUGUUUGACAGACCAAUGCACGUAAAAAUGGACGAACGAGCCUUUCCCAAAGGAGACUUCUUUCCUCCGGAGCGACCCCAACAACUUCCUCAUGGUCUUGGUGGUAUUGGCAUGGGAUUAGGACCUGGAGGUCAACCUAUUGAUGCAAAUCAUUUAAACAAAGGCAUGGGAAUGGGCAACAUGGGACCUGGAGGAAUGGGAAUGGAAGGCAUGGGCUUUGGAAUGAAUAAAAUGGGAGGAAUGGAAGGUCCUUUUGGUGGCAUGGAAAACAUUGGUCGCUUCCCAGCUGGAAUGAACAUGGGCAGAAUGAGUGAAAUGGAUCGUGCCAUGGGUGGAGGAUUUGAAAGAGAAUUUGGAAGAAAUGAAAUGGGAAUGUCUCGUAGUUUUGGAGAGACCUUGGAGAGAGGAAUAGGUGGUGGAAAUGCCAGCAUUCCUGGGAUUGAGAGGAUGGCACCUGGCAUUGAUCGUAUGGGCUCGGGAAUAGAAAGAAUACCUUCCGGGAUGGGGCAUGGGAUGGAGAGAGUAGGGUCAGAAAUAGACAGGAUGGGUCUUGUUUUGGAUCGCAUGAGCUCCAACGUGGAGCGAAUGGGUUCAGGAAUUGACCGAAUGGCCCCUCUGGGCAUAGAUCACAUUGCUCCUAACAUUGAGAGGAUGGGCCCAGCUAUUGAGAGAAUGGGUUCUGGCAUAGAGAGAAUGGGUUCUGGAAUAGGCUUUGGUAUCGAGAGAAUGGGUGCUGCCAUUGACCGUGUUGGCACCACUAUGGACAGAAUGGGAUCAGGCGUAGAACGUAUGGGUUCUGGCAUGGAUAGAAUGGGUAUAGGUAUGGAGCGUAUGGUCCCUGCUGGAAUGGGAACUGGAAUGGGUCAGGUCAUAGAGAGAAUGCCAGCUGGUUUGGAUCGCAUAGGUGCCACUCCUAUGGAAAGAAUAGGAAUAGAUCGUAUGGGUGCUGCUAGCAUGGAGAGAAUGGGCUUGGAGCGCAUUGGAGCCACUAAUAUGGAAAGAAUGGGUCCUGCUAUGGGACAGGGCAUGGGAGCAGGCAUAGAUCGAAUGGGACUUGCAAUGGGAAGCAAUUUUGAAAGAACAAUGGACAUGGAACGUGGAAACUUUGCAGGCAAUUUUGCAGGCUCCCUUGGAGGAACUGGAGGACCUGCAGCUGGGGUGGCCAGAAAAGCCUGUCAGAUAUUUGUGAGAAAUCUGCCUUUUGAUUUUACAUGGAAAAUGCUGAAAGAUAAAUUUAAUGAAUGUGGUCAUGUGCUGUAUGCUGAUAUCAAGAUGGAGAAUGGGAAGUCUAAAGGAUGUGGUGUGGUUAGAUUUGAGUCCCCAGAAGUAGCUGAGCGAGCCUGCCGUAUGAUGAAUGGGAUACAGCUUCGUGGGAGGGAGAUUGAUGUGCGAAUUGAUAGAAAUGCUUAAGUAGUUGCCUUUUUAACACUGAUACCAGAUUUUUGAAUUUGUAUUUUUUCUUGUUAACCAUUUUAAUUUGACUGGAUGUAAAGGUGUUAAAACAAUUCAGUUGCUUUCUGGAGUAAUUUUAAUUACUUUUUUAACAAAUGGAUUUCCAUUUUACUGUUUUUUGCAUUGAAACUGCAAUGUGCACAAUCUUUUUUUGUAGUUGUGGCAUCUUGUUGACAUUACAGAUGUAAACAGUAUGACUUUGAUAAUAAAUGCAAGUUAAAGAUUUCA